AAACGUGGAAUCCUGAAUAAACAAAGAGAAGAGAGUUAAGCACGCAAUCUACAUUGUGAACACUAAACCAAGGGUUAAAAUGGUGAGUGAAAGUCAUCAUGAGGCCCUGGCAGCACCGCCAGCAACCACAGUAGCAGCAGCCCCUCCAAGUAAUGUCACUGAGCCAGCCAGUCCUGGCGGAGGCGGAGGAAAAGAAGAUGCAUUUUCUAAGUUAAAAGAGAAGUUCAUGAAUGAACUGAAUAAAAUUCCACUGCCACCUUGGGCCUUAAUAGCCAUAGCCAUAGUUGCAGUCCUAUUAAUCCUUACCUGCUGCUUUUGUCUCUGUAAGAAAUGCUUGUUCAAAAAGAAGAACAAGAAGAAGGGAAAGGAGAAGGGAGGGAAGAAUGCUAUUAACAUGAAAGAUGUUAAAGAUUUAGGGAAGACCAUGAAGGACCAGGCUCUUAAGGACGAUGAUGCUGAAACUGGGCUGACUGAUGGGGAAGAGAAAGAAGAACCCAAAGAAGUGGAGAAACUCGGGAAAAUCCAAUAUUCUUUGGAUUAUGACUUCCAGAAUAAUCAGCUUCUGGUUGGGAUCAUUCAAGCAGCUGAGCUGCCUGCAUUAGAUAUGGGUGGUACAUCUGAUCCCUAUGUGAAAGUUUUCCUUCUGCCUGAUAAGAAGAAGAAAUAUGAGACAAAAGUCCACAGAAAGACCCUUAACCCUGUUUUCAAUGAGCAAUUUACAUUCAAGGUGCCAUACUCCGAGCUGGGUGGAAAAACUUUAGUGAUGGCUGUUUAUGACUUUGAUCGUUUCUCCAAACAUGAUAUUAUUGGGGAAUAUAAAGUGGCGAUGAACACAGUGGACUUCGGUCAUGUGACUGAGGAGUGGAGAGACUUGCAAAGUGCUGAGAAGGAAGAGCAAGAAAAACUGGGUGAUAUCUGCUUCUCCCUCCGUUAUGUGCCUACUGCUGGCAAGCUGACUGUCGUCAUUCUAGAGGCAAAGAACCUGAAGAAGAUGGAUGUGGGUGGACUCUCAGAUCCCUAUGUGAAAAUCCAUCUGAUGCAGAAUGGUAAGAGGCUGAAGAAGAAAAAGACGACAAUUAAAAAGAACACCCUGAAUCCCUACUACAAUGAGUCGUUCAGCUUUGAAGUACCAUUCGAGCAAAUUCAGAAAGUGCAAAUUGUUGUGACUGUUUUGGACUAUGACAAGAUUGGCAAGAACGAUGCCAUCGGGAAAGUCUUUGUGGGCUACAACAGCACUGGCGCGGAGCUGCGACAUUGGUCAGACAUGCUGGCCAACCCCCGGCGGCCCAUUGCACAGUGGCACACCUUACAGCCCGAGGAAGAGGUAGAUGCCAUGCUGGCAGUCAAGAAGUAAAUUAAAUUAAAUUAAAUUACAAAAAAAUAUAUAUAUAAGAAGAAGCCUUUCUGCAUUUGCCCACAUAGUGCUCUUUAGCCAGUAUCUGUAAAUACCUCAGUAAUAUGGGUCCUUUCAUUUCCAGCCAUGUGUUCCUGACACAGAUCAGUUGUACUUUUAAAAUCCUGUUUUAAUUUGCACAACUUUAAAUGUAGAGAGCCCUCUAAAGGCGCUUCAUUUCACCACUGCCCCCCCAGAUCUACUCUUCUUUUAAGCAAUAUGAUGUGUAGAUAGAGCAUGACAGAAAUUAUUUAUUGUAUCACACAGUUGUAUAUAUCAACAGUAUGCUGAGAAUUUAUUUCUAGUUUGUGUAUUUGUAUGUUGUAAGCGUUUCCUAAUCUGUGUAUAUCUAGAUGUUUUUAAUAAGAUGUUCUAUUUUAAAUUAUGUAAAUUGACUGAGAUAUAGGAGAGCUGAUAAUAUAUUAUAGGGUAACUACUGUAUCGUCUGCAUUCCAGAAAAAAUUUCCAACUUGUAAGGCACUAGUAGUGUUACACUGACAUCUUAAAGGACAACUUAAAUCUGAGCUUUCAACUGAACCGUUCUACUAACACGCUACACGUACACAGUGAAUCUGGGAGGGGCAAAUCCAAUUUGGUAGACUUCUUUCACAGGCAACUUAGCAUGAUCUGAGCAGCUCCGUGGCUGACCUCAAGGAAAUGUAGCCAGAAGCCAGGCGAGAACUUUUCCUGUACAUAUUCCAAAGCAAACACGCAACAGACUGAAAUGGCUUUAGAUUGGAAGUUGAGGAAGCAGUUCCAUAGGAGG